AUGGAUUUGAGUGAGAAGUUGAGAGAGGGUGCUCAAGAAGGCAAUAUUGAUGGCUUGUAUGCAAUCAUUCGGGAGGAUCCAUGCAUUUUGGAGCUCAUUGAUCAAGUUCCUUUCGUGGAUACUCCAUUACACGUAGCUGUAGCAGCGGGGAACGAUGAUUUUGCAAUGGAGAUCAUGAACUUAAAGCCAUCAUUUGCCAGGAAGCUGAACAAAGAUGGCUAUAGUCCAAUUCACCUUGCGUUGCAGAAUGAGAAAAGCGUGCUUCGUCUCUUGGCUGCAGAUAAAAGUCUGGUUCGUGUCGAAGGGAGGGAGGGCUACACUCCUUUACAUUGGGUGGCUGCACAAGGGAACCUUCGUCUUUUAGCCCAAUUUCUGGUGGAUUGUCCUGAAUGUGUUCAAGAUGGGACGAUUCGGAACGAGACUGCCUUGCACGUUGCUGCGAAGAGCAAUAACAAACUUGAAGCUCUUCAAGUCCUGACGCGAUCGCUUAGAAGGACCUAUUUCUACAGCUCUUCUUUUGGGGAAAAAGCUCUUGAACUGGAAGGACAAAGAUGGCAACACUGUGCUGCACUCUUAAUGGAGAAUGGUCUAAAGACCUGUUGGAACUUGACAGUGGCAAUUCUUGAUAGUCCAUUUGGUGCCAUAGCGUAUUCCAAAGUUAAUAUCAAUGAGAUCAAUUCAAGUGGCAUGACAGCAUUGGAUGUCAUACAAGAACUCCCAGUCCUCGAGCAAUCUGCAAAAAGAAAGGCAAUGGACAUUCUACUGAAUGCCGAAGGUUUGAGCACUUCAUCUAUACCAAGAGCUCAAACCCUACACGAAUUGUUAGGAUCAAAGAUUACAUUUCUUGAAAGAGCAUUCAGUGAAGUGUUUUAUGAUAUUACAAAUAUGUCAGCUGAAAGAAGCAGUGCAGUUCUAGUGAUAUUGGUCCAGAUUCCAACAUCCACAUACCAAGCCACUCUCAGCCCACCUGGUGGUAUGUUGCAGGGUGAUGGAUCUGAUUGUGUCUGCAAACAGACCAAUUCCACCAACUCAAAUGGUGGGAAAUCGGUCCUGAGUUCAGCUUCUUUUCUUCUGUUCUAUGUCCCAAACACUAUUGCUUUUAUAAUGACAUUGAUCCUAACACUUGGGCUUCCCGCAAUUAUUGCUAGUGGGAUCAGUUCUCUUCUUCUAGUGCCACUACUUCUCUUAUAUUUUUGCCUUCUGAGUUCUACAUUUGACAUAUCACCCAAUUCGGCUGUGGUAAUAUUUGGUUUUCUCCCUCUUCUUAGUUUACCUGUAAUGCUAAGAGUCAUUGGACACGCAAAAUGUCUCAAGAAAUAUAUGGUUGAAGAAGUUUAA